GGGUGCAUUGCUGGAGACCUUUGUUUUCCCAAUACCACACCACCCCACGCAGUUACCACAGUCGCGCUGCCCGUCUCCCCGCCCCCUUCAGGGUUACCAGAUAAGGUGGGAAUGGGAGGCCUUUAUGCCACGCAACGCCGUGAUAACGCCUAUAGUUCUCAACAUUAAGUUAUGUGGAGCACUUUGCGUGUCUGUACCUAAUUUUGAACCCAUUACUGCAGCAUGGAGGUUUUUACGAAAGGGUCUAGGUAGGCUAAGACUGAGCCAGUGGAGUCUCUAGACAUGCUCGAUUAUCCUUGUCUUGCUUUAUAGUCUUCUGGGCUUUUCAAACAGAGUUG